GUUGGAAGGAAGCAAACAAUCACAUAUAGAUAGUUAAUAUUUAAAAAAAAAAUCAAAAAUAUUGUAAAAAAUAGUAAAAUAGUGAUAAAAUGGCUGCGGAAAUUAAGCCAGUCAGUCCCAGAAGCAACGAAAAUCGCUUUAACAGUACGAAAAAACCAGAAUUACUUAGCAAAUUAGAUGGGUGUAAUGAUGAUGUAAAUGGUGCGAUCCUGAUUCCGGGCGAAGAUGCUGUCAUAUCAGUGUGUGAUGAUAAAACAAUUCGCGUAUUACUGCGACGCGAUUCCGGUCAAUAUUGGCCCAGCAUUUGUCAAUAUAUGCCUUCGGGUUGCACUUCGCUGGAUUUUACGCCGGAAACGCGACAAUUGUUCAUUGGCCAGGAAAAUGGCACCGUUUCACAAUUCACACUAUCGGCAGAUUGCAAUCAAUUGACACCACAACGCGAAUACAUAGCGCAUCAAGCGCGCGUCACAAAUGUUCUCUUUGCCAAGCAUUCUGGUUGGAUCCUUUCAGCAAGUCGUGACAAGACUUUUUGUUAUCACAGCACAGAAACUGGGCAUCGUAUUGGCGGCUAUACCUUCGAGGCGUGGUGUUGCGGCUUGCAAUAUGACUCGUUGUCGAAACACGCCUUCGUCGGGGACCAAGCCGGGCAAAUUACGAUGCUGAAACUCGAGACAAAUGGCUGUACCUUGGUGACGAUACUAAAAGGUCAUACGGGGUCUGUUCGGGAUCUCUUUUGGGCAGCAGGUCCGCAACUUCUUUUCAGUGGCAGUUUUGAUCAGUCGGUUAUUGUGUGGGAUAUUGGAGGUAGACGAGGAACUGCUUAUGAGUUGCAAGGACAUAAUAACAAGGUGACAGCGUUGCAAUAUGCCCCAAAUACGCAACAACUCAUUUCGGGAGGCGAAGAUAGUGUCUUGGUCUUUUGGGAGAUGAAUGCGAUGCGAAAAGCGGCACCUGAGUGGGUUGAUAGUGAUGUGUGUCAGACGUGUACGCGUCCCUUCUUCUGGAAUCUAAAAGCAAUGAUGGAUCAGCGACAAUUCGGGAUACGACAACAUCAUUGUCGGUAUUGUGGAAAGGCGGUGUGCGAUAAAUGCUCGACAAAUCGCAUCAAUAUUCCGAUUAUGGGAUUCGAGUUUGAUGUGCGCGUGUGUACGGGAUGCUUUGCUGAUUUGCAGAAACAAGAACGACCAUCACUGGCUUCAUUUUACGACGCAAAACACUCGAUCGUAUCGAUGGACAUGGAUGUCGAGCGAAAACGUCUCUUGACCGUUGGACAAGAUCGAGUCAUCAAAAUUUGGGAUCUUUCUUCAAUUUGGCCUUAAUUUACUAACGACAACAACUCACACACAACUCUACUAAAUGAAAAAAAAAAUAAACAACUGAAAUCUACGUAAUCACAAAGAAAAAUAUUUGUGCUAUAAACAUUCUCUUUAUAUAUUAUUAUUAUUAAAAAUUUAACUAUUAUUACUAUAUUAUUAUCAUUUUCCAGAAUUCUAUAAGAUUUUGUGACAAAUCUUUUAUCGUUACUAUACUUUAUUGACCUGAGGAAUCAGAAAUUGUGUAACUGAAAUGAAUUUAUGUGAAAGGAACAUAUAAAAAAAAGAAAAAAAAUAUCAAGCUGGUUGCUUUCUUAUAUUAAAAAAUUUAAAGAAAAAUUAACUGAAUUUAACAAAAAAAAAACGUAAUGAAUUUGUAUACAUAUUUGAACA